ACGCAAUUCUGGGAGGAAUUCCUUGUGGUCAUGUCACCGAGGUGUUCGGGCCACCUGGUGUAGGCAAAACGGCUCUGGCGUGAGUUUCACUGCAGAUGAACUGACCAUAUGGUGUACCAAUAAGCCUAAUAUUGACUGUGUAUCUCAGAAUGAGCAUAACCGCAAACGCUCUGUGUGACGGUGGUAAAGUUGUCUGGAUUGAUACUACCUCGCCACUACCAAAGCUCCGUCUAAAGAGCAUUCUCAUGCAGUGUCUCAAAACAACCAAAUCAUCUGAUACAGCACAACAACUCAUGGACAAUCUAAUCUACUUCCGCGCUCAGUCGCUGCCACAUCUGCUAGCGCUUCUGCUCCACCCACCACAAGGAUUCCCGCCCGAAAACACCAAGCUUCUGGUGGUCGAUUCAGUGUCAGGGCCGUUCCCUUCUUACUUUCUGAGUCCGUCCGAGCUGAAAUCCCGCCUGGCGCAGACGAAGAUCACGGACAAGUCCCAGAUCCAUUGGCUCAUGAACCGCAAAUGGAACGUCACGAGCGAGCUGGCAAAUCAGCUGAUGAAGCUGGCGGCUUCAAGACGACUGGCCGUGCUUCUCAUCAACCAAACCCACACAAAGAUCAAAGGUCUGCCACGUGCUACCCUCAGCCCGCUGCUUGCGGGUGGCGCGUGGGAGAAUAGCGUGUACACCCGGAUUGUCCUGUAUCGCGAUCUCCCGGCCGUUGACGAUGAAGAGUCAGAGAUAGCUUCUAGGAGCGUCCGCUAUGCGGAGGUAUUGAAGAGGGAUGGCAAAGCAUUGACAGUGAGAUCAGAUGAGAACAUUGUACCGUUCACUAUCGACUCGGACUCUCUGCGUGGGACGGACACGACUCAGCCGUCCCGCGCUGUUCCACAGCAGCCAGUUGAGGAGACUCUCCGUGCGGGUGGGCGGAAGCGGAAAGUGGACGAGAUUGCGGACAGUCAGGAUGAGGGCGAUUCCGACGAUGACUUCGGAUGGGUUGAUGGCGACGACGCUGGCUUGGUUGAAGGGCCUGCUGACGACUCAUGAACUCACAGGACUCUCCCGCAGGUCCAGGCAGGAACUCGCUGCUUGGUCCGCUUCUGGUCAUUUUCAAUAAAUCGUGGCCGAGCUAUUUGAAGACAUACAAGCGAUCAUUGGAAG